AUGUCCGAACUAGAAGAAUUUAUCUAUGAUCUUGAUUGGAAUAACAGCAUGUCAAUUGCAGCCAUUACUAUAAUAUCUUAUGAGUACAUACUUCAGUUCGAGAAAGAGGUCACGUUUGUUUGGGCCAGAGAGUGGUCAGUGAUGAAGUAUCUAUACCUUGCUGUUCGAUAUUUCGGUAUUUUGGUUGCAAUAAUUUCCGCCCUCUGGGGAGGUCUAUUUUAUAUGCCUGAAGCACCGUACGUCGGAAUUGUGAGUUAUGCUACGUUCCUGUUUAUCCAAUGGGGCACUUCUCUAUAUUCUUGCUUGACGAAAGUCAUUCUCAUCUGGCGUCUAUACGCCCUAUACAACCAAUCCAAGGCCUUGCUUUAUGUUCUCCUGGGGUUUUUCAUACCUAUCGUCGCGCUCUAUAUAGCGAUGGAUGUAUUUCUGUGGAGUCGUCCCUCAGCGGUUUCAAUGCAAGAAAUAAUAAUAAGUCCAAAAAUCAAGUACUGCGUGCCUUCCUACCACAUCGGACCUAUGGCCGCGGUAUAUACUUCCAUCCCCGCCAUAUGCUAUGAUAUUUUGCUGGUUGUUCUCGCCAUUGCCGUCCUCGUAAAUCACAUAAAAGAACGCAAGGAGCUUGAAAUGAAGCCUAACGCCUAUGUAGUCUUGAUCGUCCGAUAUCAUGUGAUAUACUUUGUCCUGAACUUGACAAUUCAAAUAUUCACGGCGAUAUUGUGGGCCGACCUUCCGACAGUGGUGAUGAAUUUUAUAUUGUUGUUCUACGAUACCGCACCAUAUAUUAUCGUGCCGCGUUUCAUCAUGAACAUUUGGGAAACGCAUGCCAACGACAACUGUGUGCAUGUCAGUACGACAUUCGAGGAUUGCGUCUGUUGGACUUCGCCACCGCAAUUGGAGCAGCACGAGAUGGAUAGGGGCGUAUGAUGUUCGCUCAGGCUCUCAUCCUAACAAUAUCCGCUGAUCUCUCGUGGGACAAGUAGUCUAGGACCCAAUGUUUUUGUGUAACUAUGUAACAUCACGUCCACGAAGUAUCAGUGUAUAUUUAACUUGUGUUCCAUAGCUAGUGUAAAUCGCGGCCUAAUAUGACUUACUUUUUAGAGGACUCGAUAUGCUCUUGACUCCAGCUUUAAGAAUGCUGUGAAUAUCAUGUUAUAGUUACACAGCGCCGUAGGCCACCGUCCCCGAAGAUAAGGCGCUGCCAGGUAGUACACGAAACUUGUGCCCACACCCUUGAGAUCCCAGUUAAAUGACAUACACUAGCAGGCGGGUGGCCUCACACUUCCAGGUAUCCAUAUACAGCCGCAGUCAUGCCAAAGUCCAUACUUAGCGCCUCGUCGUUUAGCGUCAAGU